AUGUGGACUCUGGAUAGUGAAAAAGACUCUAUUGGUUUGGCUUUGGUUGCAUCAGAUGGUGGUAGUUUCAGAGAUAUGGAGGUUGAGAGAGGGUAUGGUUCCAAGUCAAGAGGACAUUCACAAUCAAGGGGUGAUAAGAGGAGGUGCUACUGGUGUGACGAAGAGGGACAUGUAAUCAAAGUCCGUCAAAAGCAUAAGAAGGACAAAGCUAAGGAAAGUUUAGCAAAUUUAACAACCGAGGAGGAUUCUUAUGUUAAAAGUGACACGGUCACAGUCACUUCAGAGGUUGCAAGUUCCAGUCAAGUGGUAGAGUCUCAGAGUUUCUCGAUGGAGAAAAUUAAAUGUGGUGUUUCAUGGGAAGCUGAUGGGUACCCUAUUGAUAAGCACUCGACAAUGACAUUAAGGAAAAAAUCAUGCAAAGCAGGGUUUUUGAAAGCUAAAGCUUGUCAAGAUUAUUCGAAGUGCAAAGAUGAUCAAGAACGGAAUAAUGAAGUCUUAAAGCUUAGGCUGGAAAGACCCGAAGAGGACCCGACGGCACGAAAGGCCAAGGUUGAAAGCACACAGCUUUGCGGAGGCAAUGCAGAAGUUCUCCAAAAAAGCAUCUUGGAUGGGGUGCUAAAGUUAGCAGUAAUUUUGGAAAGGAUUGGCAUGCCUUCAAGGGAGUCGCAUUCUUCUUCCUCUUCAAUAUUUAGAAUGCUAAAGUUGAUGACGCUUAUCUCGUCAUCUCUGUUAAUUCACAUGAUCAAGCUACUCAGCUUGGUGUUAUUUUUCACCACUGCCACACAAGUAACGUGCAGAUUGAGCAAUGAGACGGAUCGACUAGCAUUGCUUUCCUUCAAGGAACUAAUAGCCGAGGAUCCGCUGGGCUCAUUAAGUUCCUGGAACAAUUCUCUCUAUCUCUGCAAAUGGGACGGAGUAACGUGCAGUCGCAAGCAUCAGAGAGUAGUAGUGGUUCUAGACUUGAGGGGAAAAAGUCUGAGCGGAAUGCUGUCAACUUUCUUGGGAAACCUCUCUUGCCUUAGUUCCCUUUACCUCCAAAACAACAUAUUCCAAGGGAAAAUCCCUCUGGAGCUCGGCCUCUUGUUCAGGCUGCAACAUAUGAAUCUCAGUUUCAAUUAUUUCCAAGGGGAAAUUCCAACGAAUUUGUCAAACUUCCUUACUGCCAUUGAUUUCAAGUCUAACAACCUAGUUGGCAAAAUUCCAGCCUCGUUUGGUUCUCUCUCCAAGCUCACUUAUCUUGACCUUUACUCCAACAACCUCAUUGGAGGGAUUCCACCUUUUCUCGGUAACCUCUCUCUCCUCCAAAAGGUUGAUUUCGGGUUGAAUAGUUUCACAGGAAUUAUUCCACAUUCCAUCAGCCGCCUUGGCAACCUUAAGGGAUUCGGCAUUAGAGCGAAUAAAUUGUCAGGUACUGUCCCUCCCCCACUUUAUAAUAUCUCAACUCUCACACAACUAAUCAUUGGGUAUAAUCAACUUACCGGCAGUUUACCCCAAGAUAUUGGCCUCACACUUCCCAACCUGCGAAAGAUAGUCAUUGGGCCAAACAAAUUUCGGGGACCCUUUCCAGUUUCUUUUUGUAAUGCAUCUAGAAUGGAAAUGCUUGAUCUAUCAACAAGCAACCUUUCCGGGCCAGUUCCCUUUGACCUAGGGAGAAUGAUGAAGGAUCUAUUUAUUCUAAAUCUGGGUAAAAACAAUUUAGGCUCCGGGGAUUCUAGUGACUUGAGGUUCAUCGAUUCGUUAACUAACUGCAGCAAGCUACAAAAAUUGCUUUUCUAUGGUAAUGGUUUUGGUGGCGUUUUACCCACUACCAUAGCCAAUCUCUCGAACCAGCUCAUUAAGCUGUCAGGUAGCGUAAAUCAGCUAGUAGGAACCAUCCCCGAAGGAAUUUUCAACCUUGUCAACUUAGCUGGACUUUUUUUAGAAGAUAAUCUUCCUUGUGAAAUUGGGAAGCUUAGAAACCUCCAACAACUAAGUUUGAGUAGAAAUAAAUUGUUUGGUCCCAUCCCAUCUAGUAUUUGUAACCUCACCCAAAUGUAUCGACUAAGCCUAGAAGAGAACAACUUCAACAGCAGCCUACCUUCCGGUAUUGAAAACAUUCCAGGCUUGCAGAUCUUGAAUCUUUCUUACGACGUCUUAGCUGGUCCCAUACCCAACACAAUAGGCCUUUCCACCUCUUUAACUUUCCUGAACUUGGCUCAUAACACUUUUAUGGGUGCCCUGCCACUCGAAAUUGGGAAAUUGAACAAUCUUCAGGAACUAGAUGCUUUGGAGAACAAGUUGUCUGGACAUAUUCCUAGUACUCUGGGAAAUUGCUUGAAAUUGAAAGGCCUUUUUCUAGAGGGUAACACGUUUCAGGGUAGUAUUCCUCCCUCUUUUAGCUCGUUGAGAGGACUUGAAAUUCUGGAUCUCUCACGCAAUAACUUGUCCGGCCAAAUUCAAGAAGAUAUAGCAGCCCUUAGGUUUUUGUUAGAAUCUGAACUUGUCCUUUAA